AUGAAGACUGCAUCAGGACUCGAGGUCAAGCUACGUGCUGGUGGUGGCAGCCUACAAGAAUACGAGCGCGCUUCCGACAAUGACGAGCCCGAUCUCUACCCAACUCUUCGCAGCUAUGUCGAGGCGGUGUCCGACUCGACAUUUGCUGUUCAGGUCGCCAUGCCACCUUGGGCAGCCCGAAGCCCUGACGAAGCUAUGCUCGUCGACGUGUUUCUCGAUGGCAAAGGCGUGACAGGGUGCGUCUGCCCUGCGUCGAGGUUUGCGUCCAAGCCAUACAUCCUGCUCAUUGAGGGCAUCGAUCAAAUGACUCCCCGCGGUCGCGAACUCCAGCGUUUUGCGUUUGCGCAGCUCAAGGUCGAUGAAGAGUCAAAUGCCACGGACACGAAGCCGGAGCACCUCAAGCACCUUGGGACCAUCACGAUCGAAUGCAUCUGGUGUACGCAAGGACAAGAGUAUACCAGCGUCGUCACGGAUCUGUUCAAGCCAKCUGUUGCUACGAGUAUCCACGAAAAGUGUCUCAAAGGUCGCGCCAUCUCGAAUCAAGCAAGCACUGCGAAGCCAGAAAACAUCGCUGGCGUCGCUAAAACUGUCGAGGUCGCUUUUCCCUACGGCCGAACGCCAUUCGCUAUAUUCGAGUACAAGUAUCGCUCACGAAGGGAGUUGCAAAUCGAGGGAGUCAUCGACAAGGAUCCUGAGCCUCUGGCACUAGAAGACCGGGAUCCGUCUUCGUUGACGGCAGCAGAGAUCGGUCAACUGCAGCGACAAUUGCAGACCAAGCGGGAAGACAUGGCCAAAAUCAAGAACGAGAAGCGUGCGUGGGUACACGCCGACGGUAGCAAGGACGGGGAAGGUGUAGAGGUCGUUUCGGGUGGUCAUGCCUCAAAGAAGCGCAAGCCGAGUGAUUCCGAGGCGGAGCUCAUCGAUCUGACUGAUGCUUGA